AUGGAACGUGUUACUUUAUAUGAAGAAUAUAAACUUAUACAGAAAAAUGAUACGGAAGUGUACGGAAUAUGGAAAGGAGCGCAUUUGUUACUAUUUUUCCUGGCUUUUGUGUUUGGAUCCUUCUGUACCUUCUGUUUUCAUAUGCUAAUGUAUUUAUUCGACGAAAAGUGUGUUUUAUUUCCAAAGCUUCUCUCCUUAACAUCGCUCCGACAAAACAUAAUUUAUGAAUUCAUUCCAGAAGAUAAAGAUAUGGCUGACAUGCUACCAGUAGACUUUGUCAGCACACAGUGGGUGGAGAAAAGCGUUUGUUACCUGCCCACUUAUGUGCCUCUCGUGUCAGGCAUUUUUGGAUUAGUUUGGACAACUAUGUUCCUGAUGUGUUCCUCUGGCAGCCGAGUUCUUACUGGUUUGCAGAGGCCUUGGCGCAUACUGCCACCCGUGUUUAUAUUUUCACUGGCUAUGGGGUCUCUGUGUGUCUACUCGUCUAUCGUAACACAUUACGGCCUGCAUGACCUUUGUAUGAAGCUAAGUGAAAUUACUGGAAGCACCACAUGCACGUACACCGUCAAUGUUGCCACUCUAGUCUAUGAGCGUCGGAUCAGAGGCGUGUACCAAGCCACUCAGUUGACAAUACUCUCAGCCUGGCUCCAUACAGCUUGCUGGGUACUAUCAGCUCUGCUCACCCUUGCAAGGGUGCUCCUGGUUGUCGACUUUCAACUAGUUCGGGUCAGGACAGAACUUACGGGGAAUAUUGACAGAUUUUUGGAACGAAAUGAAAAGCAUAUUCGCACCAUAUCUCCAGAUGUUUGGGAUCCACAAAUUCCAAGAACUCCCUCAAGGAGCAGUGUUAGAGUUCAUUUUCAAAAAAAAGAAUACCUACGUACGAAAAUGUUUCCAGAAAUGAAGAUGACGAGUAUCAGUGAUUUGGGAGAAUUACUGUAUUUAUCUGCAACACCACAAUCAUCAUCUGUUCUUGCUCUAGUACCGUCCGAACAACAUAAACUGGACAAAUUUUCUAUUUAUAAAUUAAUCCACACGGAUCAUCAAUUUAUUGUUCAGCUUUUAUAUAAUAUAGUUAAUGCGAUAACAGGAAAUAGUCCACUUUCAAGCUUAACUAGCAGUGAGGAAUCUUUACUAUCAGACACUGGCUCAAUGAAAAUCGCACGUCAAUAUGGUCAACAGAAAAUAUCAUCGAAACUUAAUUUUGUACCACCAAGUCAACGAAACGUAUCGCAGUCUAUCGUGAGCUUAGAAGAAGCUGAAGAAGUUGCUGUAGGCAUACGGCUUAUUGUCAAAAGUAAAUUGAACACACUGAUGGAGCGGAGUCAACCACAGUAUCAAUCCACCUUAAACCUUGCAUCUGAAAUGACUAUGGACACCAAAAAUACUAAGGCUCCAUUAACACCAACACCGAUUACACGACCAAAAUCAAAAGAGACAGAUUUAGCGAUGCCUGGUACGAGUAAAGAUACUAAAAUUUCAAUAAAGUCCAGCUUAAAAAACACAGGAACGCAGACGCGAAAGAGAAAGGAAUCAAACUCCCAAAGGGUUCAUAUUGAUUCGAAAACUAGCAUGUCGAGUACUGAUGAGACAGAAAGUGUUGAAAAGGAAACGCAAACACCAAAAAAGGAAAAACAGGAUUAAUCUUUAAUAAGUAU